UGCUCAUGAUUCUGUUUGUUCCUCUUCUUCUGCGGUGGUCUGGAUAUGGCGACUUGCUCUCAGGGCCAUGCUUUAAACGUUCCAGCAGCUUCUCAUUUUCAAGAGUUUGGGUUCCACGAUUAAGUGAUAAAGUUACAGAAUUGUAGCUGUCUUUCCUCUAUGCCCAACAUGAGCUGGAGUUUCCUCACUCGUCUCCUAGAGGAGAUACACAACCAUUCCACGUUUGUGGGGAAAGUCUGGCUAACAGUCCUCAUUGUCUUCCGCAUUGUGUUGACAGCAGUGGGUGGAGAGUCCAUCUAUUCUGAUGAGCAGUCUAAGUUCACCUGCAACACCAAACAACCAGGCUGUGACAAUGUCUGCUACGACUCAUUUGCCCCGCUCUCGCAUGUCCGCUUCUGGGUCUUUCAGAUCAUCAUGAUCUCCACACCAUCCGUCAUGUACCUUGGAUACGCAAUACACAAAAUUGCCCGUGAUUCUGAGGUGGACGAAGAGAAGACAAAGAAGAGACACAAGGGGGACCACAGGAGCAGAUGGAGGGAUGUAGAUCAGAUGGAGGAAGAAGACAAUGAUGGUGACUGUGAUGACACAGAACCGAUGAUGUACAGCGAUGUGCUGGAGCUUCAGGAAGCCAAAAUGGAGAUGGAGAAGAACCCGAAAAAGGAUGUGAUGAAGCAUGAUGGCCGUCGCCGGAUCAUGCAAGAAGGUCUGAUGAGAAUUUACGUCCUUCAGCUCAUAUCUCGAGCCAUUUUUGAGGUCUUCUUCUUGGUGGGUCAGUACCUGCUAUAUGGAUUCAGCGUCAAUCCCUCAUAUGUGUGUGAUGAAAUUCCAUGUCCUCAUCGAGUCGACUGCUUUGUGUCUCGUCCCACUGAGAAAACCAUCUUCCUGCUCGUCAUGUACGUGGUGAGCUGCCUGUGCUUGCUGCUCAACUUCUGUGAGAUGUUCCACCUUGCCAUCGGUGCAUUCCGAGACACGCUCAGAAGACGCCGAAUCCGCAAUCGGAGUCUCCGCUCCUGUGCUUUUCCAUAUGCUCGUAAUAUUCCAGCUUCACCUCCAGGAUACAACUUUGUGGUGAAAUCUGAGAAAACGGGCCACCAGAACCAAAACGGUAUCCUCUCACAUCAACAGAACCAGAACAGAGUACUGUCAAAUCAACAAAACAACAACAGUGUCAUCUUACACAACCAGAACCAGGACCGGGAACAGAACUGUGCUAGUCCAGAUGAAAAUGUCCCACCGGACCUUGCAAGUUUGCAUCAUCACCUGCGGGUGGCACAGGAGCAGCUGGACAUGGCUUUCAGGACGUACAGCGCUAAAAGCACUCCCAUUUCCAGAAGCAGUAGCCCAGCAUCAGAACAGAACCGGGUCAACUCUGAACAGGAGAGACAGGGUGCAAGGCCCAAAGCCGAUCCAGGGAGGACUGGGAGUGUACUGAAGAACGGGAAAACUUCUGUGUGGAUUUAG